UCACGCGUACCGUGUAUGUGCGGUACGGUGUACAUCGGCCAGGGGCGCCCCACCGGGGCCACAAUUGAAUGCGUGGAGAGAGACCGCCUGCGAGAGCGGGAGAGGCAGGCCCGGGCCCAGAUGACUUCGCAAGUGGACGAUCAAGGGACCUUUCUGUUUGGAGCACCCGUUAGGGUGAACCCGUCCUCUUCGGACCCCGUCACGCAGCAGAUCCAGAGCAAGCUCGGCGACUUCCAGCGACUGCGGCCGUUCCUGGACCAGAAGGACCUCAUCGGCGUCGAUGGCGUCCCGCCAAGUCCCGGCGUGCCCAACGGGCCGAGCUCGAGGCAUAAUCCGUUCAUGUCGAAUCUUGCCUCGGCGGCGGUGUCGUCGAGGCUCCAACCCUCACCAGAAUCUCGUCCCGAAUUCAAGAAACCACAUCACCACCAGAUACAUCACCAGCAUCAAAGAGGCGGAUACGUGAAGCCGGCCGACGGGAAGCCGCCCUACGAAGGCAGAGGCGGAUAUCCAGGUCAACCGGUCAAACACGGCAGCGGCAUCACAAAUCACAGGUCCAACGGGAUCCUUCCGGCGAAGGGUCCGCCCCAGUCGUCGCCGAACUCGUCGGCGCCGCUCUUGCCGUCCAGCAACUCCUCCAGGUUACACAACAGUGGCGCACGCAAUCAUCCCCGCAAUACUACGUUCGAACAGAAUCAAGGACCUCCGGCUGGCCCGAGGGAACCUUUGCCUUCCGCUACACCCAAUACAGAUAUGGAGAACAUUUUCAAGGAAAUGAUCGAAGUUCGACGUCCGCUCACUGCCAUCGCUGCAACUCCCAGGAAAGAGCCCGAUAAUAAGUUUACCUUCAGUCCUGUUUUUACCAAGUUGACGGAGUCUACGCCAACGCCGUCUGCACCGAAGAAACGCGAAAAAGUCGCAGCUCCACGCCCGUCAACUGACUUACGAGAUGAUCUAAAUCUGUCAGAUGACAGCGAUGACGAUCAAAAGCAAUCUUCCAAGUUACCAGUAGAAAAGAUGGUUUCUCCGCUGGGUGCGACUCCGGCCGUUGGUAGUUUCUCCAAGAUGGAGUAUCCGCCGGAACCGGCAGAUCCGGCUGGGUCUUCGUCGAGCGAUUCGGGCUCGGAUUCGGGAUCAGAGAGCGACUCGAGCAGCGACGAUUCGGCCGAAGACAACGUGACUUCGUCGAAUCCGAGCAAAUCAAACGUAGUACCUGCCGAAACGGGACCGUCUUCGCCGCCUCCGCCCGAAGAAAAAGACAAGAAGCGAUGGAACCUUGGUUCGUAUUUGGUCAUCGACCAGAACAACGCCAAAGCGGACUCCGUUCUCUCACCGAAAGUACAAACGUCGCCGCUCACCUCCAGCAUGCUCCCUUUGGCCGUCGACAAGAAAAAAGUUACCGAAGAGUCGGACGCCAGUGAUUCGACGAAAGAUCUAGACAGUGUGGUUGCCGAGGCACUGGCCUCGGCAACGGUGCCCCUCUUGUCGAGUUUCUCCGAUUCGGACGAUAGUGUGACGGAAAGACGCACGAAAAGACGCAAACAUACCAUAAUACAAUCAGUUACCAAAAAUUCGGAAAGUGACAGUGACGAUGCCGAACGGACGAAAAAACCGAAACCGGUGCGACGUGCCAGUCCUCGGACUAAAUCAGUGGAUUCGUGUAGUGAUUCGGACAAUAACAGUGCCAAUAUUAUCAAAAAACGUCUAUCACCUUUGCCUCAUAAAUCGCCCGAACAGUUAGUCAAACCCAAACAGAGUCGCGGACGUCCCAGAAAAAUCAAACCGGCUGUGAGUGGAUCCGACAAGAAACCGCGAAAAAGGGGACGACCACCAAAACCCCGACCCUCACACCCGAGCAGUUCCGACGAAGAAGACAACGUGGACAAAAGGCCGGUCCGACGGAGAACAAUCUCGAAACGUGACGCUUCGAGCAGCUCCGACUCAGACUCACGGUACCGAAAGUACGAAUCACCAAAGAAAAUCCCAAAACCAUUCGAGGACAAAAUCAAAAGGCCCGCCAUCAAAAACGACUCGGACGACGAUUGGGGCAAGAAGAACAAGAACAAACUGAAACCAAGACAGAGGAGCGAGUCGGAAAGCUCCAAGAAGAACGACUCCCCCAAGAAGGAGGUCUUCCGGCGGAAAGGAAGAACGUCAAACCCACAUCACAAAAGCGCCGCAACUCUUCCCACAACGACCGAUUCGAGCGACAGCGAUUCGGGCCCUUCCAAGCGCUUACAACGAAGUCUGAGUUCAAGGAGUCGCAGCCGGUCCUCGGACAGCGACACGAACAUUCUAGCCAAAUCCCCGGUGAAUAAAGUCGAGGAGACGAAACCGAUCAAAGACAAAAACAAGAGCGACACUCUACGCAAGCUGUUCACUCCGAAGCGCGACUCCGAGGGCGGCAAAGGGGGCGGCAAAGGCGGCGGCAAGGGCGGGAAAGGCGGCAAGGGCAAGGGGGGCGUCAAUGUGAUAUUCGCCGACGGCGGAAACGAACGCUGCGUUUCGCCCGUCGAAGACGAAACAAUGCCGACCAUAUCAAACCCAACUCUCCUAUCACCAAUCCCCCACAAGGAGGCCAAACCUCCACUAGCAUCCCCUUGCGCCGAACCAAUCAAAUUCAUUAAGACUGAGCCUCUCGAUGACGAGAAAAUCUCGAUGAAAGUCAAAAUCGGUCUGAAUCGCAUCGACUUGAACGCUGUGAUUUGCCUCAAAAACAAGCUCGAAGCGCUGAAACAUCCCUACUUCCGGGAGUUUGAGAAGAAGAAGCUGAGCGAUAAUGAUAACGAAAGUAAGAAGAAGGAUUCGGAUUUGGCCGAAUUGAAGCACAAGUCGAAGAAGCGAAAGCGGCGGAACAGUUCGAGCUCGAUUUCGUCGCUGUCGACGGUCAGCAACUUGUCGCACAGUAGCAAGAAACUGGAGCAUCGCAAAGAUCGGGAGAAUCACAAGAUGAAACGGCGAAAAGACGACGAAAUCUAUCCCAGAUCACAAAGUGAUAAUAUCAGUCUGACGAAUGCACCACCGACCAAUCACGAGCGGGAAGGUAGCAGAAGUCGGCAGGUGAUCUCGCCCGUCGACAAAAACAAGUCGCAAAGUACCAGGGAGUAUCAUUCGUACUUUGAGAAGCCCGACGAGCCCCUAGAGUGCGAAGAGAGUUCGUAUGUGAUUUGCAGAGCUCAAAGUCAGUACCUGAGCGAUGCGACUCGUUUGAAGCACUUAGCUGAUAAAGAGACUGAUACAACAAAACAGUGUAUGCUGUACCUGGAGGCUGUACUUUUCUUCUUACUAACGGGCAACGCCAUGGAACUCACAAGGGUUACAGAAAACGCCUGUUUCACAAUGUAUAAAGACACAUUAUCGUUAAUAAGGUACAUCACUUCGAAAUUUCGAAGUCAACAUAACGCGUCUUCGAAGCACAACAAGCUCGCUGUGUUAAGUUAUCGGUGCCAAGCGCUUCUUUAUUAUAAACUAUUCAAGAUGAAGAAGCACGAAGCGAAGGACUACCAGAAGGUCCUCAGCGAAUAUUUCAACAACAAGGCCGUUGCGAUCCCCCCAGAGCAGCAGACCCAGCAAGGCCAGGGUACACCGUCGCCCAUGUCACCGACGCCGUCUCCUGCCGGUUCUGUGGGUUCGGUGGGCAGCCAGUCGUCCGGCUAUAGCAGUGGUGAGUUGGCGGCGAGGGGCAGCAACGUGCCGCCACCUGUUCCAUCAACGCACGCACAAAGUGGGGGCGCUCACGUGUGGAUUCCUCAAAAUAUUUACAACGCCAUGUACAAGCAGAACCAGAAUUUCACAUAUCUUCUGUCUUGUCAGGAUCUGUGGGAUACGGCCGAUGCGCUCGUCAUCAAGGGCAAACACACAGAUUUCUUUAUCGACUUGGAUAGGCUGUGCAAGCCUCUGACGAUGCACAGCUCGCUGAUAGACCUGGUGAGGUACAUUCGCGAAGGGAUAAAAAGGUUGAAUGAGAGUUAGAAUUGACCAAUGACGUUUGUAAAUAAGAUAAAUGUAUGCCAAAGAAGCACUGAGUCAAUUUCAAUGUCAAUGGAACCAGCUUGUUACUUGGACAGAAUAUACACUUUUUACAUUUUACCUACAGAUUAUAUUAGAGUAGAGUUGACUUAUUUAAUCAUUUACUUAGGGCAUAUUUGCCGGUUAGAUUGGUUUAAUGUUGACUAGAACAAUUGAGUGAUCCUACAUAUUAUAUGACUUUUGAUGUCGUUUCUAGUUAACUGACUUAGGGUGCAGUACUAUAAUAAUAUUUUUACAAUGAUAGGAAAUUCCACGUACAUAGUGUAUAUUUUUUUGUAAAUACUGUAUGCUAAAGUUAUAUAUUUACUACAUCUGCUAUAUUUGUACAACGCUAAUCUAGAGGCCUAGUGAAUCAAACUUUGCAUCUCACGUGGUUGUGGAUGUUAAAUUAAUAAAUAUUAGUCAUUGUUAUUUUUGCAUAUAUAUUGUAGGCUAAGUGUGCAUAUGUAACAUGUAUGUAAAUCUUGUAUCAUAUUUUAUAAAUUUUAAAUUAUUUUAUUUGUAUCGUAAGUAUUUUCAUUAAGGCCAUUUACAAAACAAAAUCAAAUUGAUAUGUAUAAUUUUGUACCUAUAAUUGUUGUUGCAUUAUUUAUCAAUGCUGGCAGAAAAUCUUAAAGCUUAGUUUUCUUCCAGAGUGAUCGACGUAUUAGCACUCAUCACUAAGUAAAGUUUCACUAUGACGUGACUUUUUUUCCUCAAACUCCUACUCAUCCAGUUUUAUCAAAGCUGAAGGUUGAUCUCAAAACUUUAACACGUUUUACGAUACUGAAUUGUAGUGAAAAUUUACUUAAAUGUGCAGAACAAAGUUUGGUUACAAACUUGAAACUCCCUUUGCACAUUGUUGAUUUAUGUGGUGCUAUAUUUAUUGCAAUCUUUUCUGAUGAUCUCUCGAAUCAAAGGUCGAAAUUUGAAACAAAACGCGGAGAUUUAUUCAAUCAGAUGUCCUUGGCGGCAGGUUAUGCAGAAAAGGUUGUUUCUUUUUUAAUUAUUUAUCUUCUCUUAAUUGUUUUGCCGUAUCAUUAUGGUCAGAAAUGGUAAAUUUGGCUGUUUGGGACCAAUGGAAGAAAAAUCUCUGAAUGUGUAUACGAUUGGCAUAGAUCACAAUUUUUGAUAUUAAUUCGUAAAUCUCAAUUUUUGCCUUCCAUUCAGUUGAUUUUUUGUUUUUUAUUUGCGUUUAAAUGUUGCUGUUUUAGUGAAAUUGGUUUUUAUGUAAAUUAGUUAUUUAUUCUUUUAACGAAAUUUGGCCUCUGCAUUUUGACCAUGUUAUCACAAUCUGGACAUAUCGACUGACAGAAUGAUUGUUUUUUUCUCUUUUUUUUUGUUUGAAAUAUAUUAAUUUAUUUUAUAUUUA